UCCUUGGAAUCCCUGAAGUCCAUAUGGCUAUGUAUGAUGAGGAUAUCUUGAAGAACCCCUUUUAUUUGGCCAUUCAGAAGCGGCGCCCUGACCUGUGCAGCAAAGUGGCAGAACUCCAUGGCAUUGUGCUAGUUCCAUGCAAGGGAAGCCUUUCAAGCUACAGUCUGUCUACCUGCCAGUUUGAAUCUUACGUUCUGAAGCCACUAGAAGAGAAUUUUCAGACCUUAAACGGAAAGGAGAUCUUCAUACAAGGAAACCUCAUCAUUUUAGGAACCGGCUUUAAUUAUCCUCUCUCGGUACCUGUUCUCUUUGAGGAAACAUUUUACAAUGAAAAAGAAGAAAGCUUUAGUAUACUAUGCAUAGCUCAUCCAUUGGAAAAAACAGAAAGCUCAAGUGAAUCUCCAGCUUCAUCAACCUCCUAUUCUCUGAAAAACAUUGAAGAUGUCAGAGAAUUCCUGGGAAGGCACUGUGAGAGAUUUGAUAAAUACAUAGCAUCUUUCUAUAGAACGUUUAAGGAGCAUGAAAGGAAAAGCCUCCGGCACUACAUAGAUUCUGUCAAUGCACUUUAUACCAAAUGUCUCCAGCAUCUUUUGAGAGAUUCGCACUUGAAGAUGCUUGCAAAGCAAGAAGAGCAGAUGAAUCUGAUCAAACAAGCAGUUGAAAUGUAUAUCCACCAUGCUAUUUAUGAUCUAGUCUUCAAAUACGUGGGGACUAUUGAGGCAAGCGAGGAUGCUGAUUUUAAUAAAAUCACAAGGAGCCUUCAGGACCUGCAGCAGAAAGAUAUUGGAGUGAAGCCUGAGUUCAGUUUUAAUAUACCUCGUGCGAAGCGAGAACUGGGUCAGCUGAACAAAUGCACUUCCCCUCAACAGAAGCUGCUCUGUCUGAGGAAGGUGGUGCAAGUCAUUAUGCAGUCUCCUAGCCAAAGAGUUAACAUGGAAACCAUGUGUGCAGAUGAUCUUCUCUCUGUUCUGCUGUAUUUGCUUGUGAAAACAGAAAUCCCAAACUGGAUGGCCAACUUGAGUUACAUAAAGAACUUCAGGCUUUGCAGUUCAGUGAAGGAUGAGCUGGGAUACUGUCUAACCUCAGUGGAGGCUGCGAUAGAAUACAUACGACAAGGCAACCUCUCUGACAGAUCAACAGAAUCCGAGAGCCUGUGUGACAAGCUGCUCUUGAGGCAGAGGAUGAACUUGCUGUCCCAGAUGGCUGCUACACCCAUAGACUGCUUGUUUAAGCAUAUUGCUUCAGGUAAUCAGGAGGAAGUGGAGCGACUGCUGAGUCAAGGUGACAGUGAUAAGGACACUGUGCAGAAAAUGUGCCACCCACUCUGUUACUGUGACAAAUGUGAGAAGUUAGUUUCUGGGAAGCUGAAUGACCCUUCCAUCAUCACGGCGUUUUCCCGCGACGACCGGGGGUACACACCGCUUCACAUCGCUGCCAUUUGUGGGCAAACAUCAUUUGUGGAUUUACUAGUGGCCAAAGGAGCUGUUGUCAAUGCUACAGACUACCAUGGCUCAACUCCACUUCACCUCGCCUGCCAGAAGGGAUAUCAGAACGUUACACUGCUCUUAUUGCACUAUAAGGCAAGUACUGAUGUUCAGGACAAUAAUGGAAAUACUCCACUUCAUUUAGCCUGCACUUACGGUCACGAGGAUUGUGUCAAAGCUUUAGUCUACUAUGAUAUUGCUGCUCGCUGGGGCUAUCAAGGGAUCAUAGAAGUGCUUUUGCAAAACGGGGCAAACCCAGAAAUACCAAACCGGAUGAAAGAGACUUCCCUGCAGUGUGCACUGAACGCCAAGAUUUUGUCACUGAUGGAAUUAAAUUACCUAACGUUCGAAAGAGGACAGAGUGCUUCUGAGUCACCACUUAGGUCUCCUCAGCACUCCACAGAAACUUUCAGCAGAGGAUCAUCUGUCUCGAGCCUGUCGUCAGCAUCUACUGAUAUCAGGCAAGAAGAGGUGAAAAAUAAUUAUAAAGAGGUGGAAAAACUCCUGCGAGCAGUUGCUGAUGGAGACCUGGAAAUGGUGCGUUAUCUCCUGGAAUGGAUGGAAGAAGACUUGGAAGAUGAGGAUGACACAGCCAGUACAUCCAAACCAGAAUUCUGCCAUCCCUUGUGCCAGUGCUCAAAGUGUGGGCCAGUACAAAAGAAAUUUGCAAAGGUCUCUGCUAACGGACUUGGAGUAAAUGUUUCCAACCAAGAUGGUUUUACACCACUGCACAUGGCUGCACUGCAUGGACACGCCGAGCUGGUCUCUAUUAACACUGCACAUGGCUGCACUGCAUGGACACGCCGAGCUGGUCUCGUCUCUAGGAAUGCAAAACAGGCAGUUCCUCUUCACCUGGCCUGCCAGAAAGGACACUUCCAGGUGGUAAAGUGUCUGAUGGAUUACAAUGCUAAACAGAAUAAGAAGGAUAUAUAUGGCAAUACUCCGUUAAUUUACGCGUGCUCCAGUGGUCAGUAUGAGACUACUGCCCUGCUGUUACAGCACGGAGCCUGUGUGAACCUUUCCAAUGCCAAGGGCAACACAGCACUGCACGAGGCCGCGCGGGGAGGGCGAGCGGCGCUGGUGGAGCUGCUGCUGCAGAACGGGGCCCUGACAGACCUGAGGAACGAGAGGGACUGCACCCCCGGGGACUGUGCAGGGACGAACUCAAAUAUUGUGAAGUUGCUGGAAGCAGCACCAAGGUGUGCACCCACAUCAGCAGAGGGAGAGAAGAAGAGUGAGCAGCAUGCUGCUCUCAGGAUAAGGAAGAAAGUGCACUGUAAGCCCUGUGAGAGAGCCGAUGAUCCCAUAAGCAGACAACUUCAACUGGUCCAGUCGAUUAACAGAUUUAACAAAUCAAAACACUUACGGAGAACAAUAACAAGAGAUAAAAGUGUCCCUAAUCUUGACUAUCAGUUGUUGCACCAGAUGGCUAUUAAAAGCUUUGAUAAAAGCAAGUUGAGAUCUGUUGGAAUGCUGGACCAGGGCACAGUUGAGGUGACUGACACGGGCUGCAGUGCUGAGUUUGUGGACCACAAUGACACGAUGGAAGCUCCUCACAGGAGCAAACUAAUGCACCGAAGACACACAGUUAAUGUGCCACUCCCAGCAGAGGAUGGCAGUGCCAGCAGCUCAUCCAGCCCUAGCAAUCCAGGGAGUUCACCAUCCCCAGACUCCUGUGAUGUCUUGAUUUCAGACCACUGA